AUGGAUUUGUGUGUGACCAUCAAAGGGGUCUCCUUCCUCCUACAAACAGGUAUGGGGAUCUUGGGAAACGCCGUGGUGCUCAUGGCCUACGCUCACAUCAUCUAUUCAGAACCCAAGCUCCUUCCUGUGGACAUGAUCCUGUGUCAUCUGGCCUUUGCUGACCUGAUGCUGCUGCUGACCCGCUGCGUCCCCCAGACCAUGACUGUGUUUGGGCUGAGGGACCUGCUCAACGACGCUGGGUGUAAGGUGGUGAUUUACGCCUACCGCAUCGGCCGAGCUUUGUCAGUUUGCAUCACCUGCAUGUUAAGUGUGUUUCAGGCAGUGACCAUUGCACCUGCUGGACCCCGUUUGUCCAGACUGAAGCCUGCUCUCCCCUCCCUUGUCCUCCCAACCUUUGCAGGAUUAUGGUUCCUCAACAUGGCCAUUUGCAUCGCAGCCCCUUUUUUCUCCAUGGCUCCUCGAAACGGCACCAUCCCCGCCUUCACCCUCAACCUGGGCUUCUGCCAUGUGGACUUCAGAGACAAUCUGUCCUAUGUGAUCAACGGUGUGGCUGUCUCUACGAGGGACUUCGUCUUUGUUGCUCUGAUGGUGGGCUCCAGUGGUUAUAUCCUUUUGCUCCUGCACCGCCACAGCCGCCAGGUGAGGAAUAUCCGUCGCUCUCAGGGUGGAGGAGCAGAAACCCGGGCUGCCAAAACUGUGGUCACCUUGGUGGUUCUGUAUGUGGUCUUCUUUGGGAUAGAUAACGUGAUCUGGAUCUACAUGCUGACAGUGGCUAAGGUGUCACCAGUUGUGGCUGAUAUGAGGGUGUUUUUCUCCUCCUGCUAUGCCGCUCUCAGCCCAUACUUCAUCAUCUCCUCCAACAAGAAGGUCAAGGCAAAAAUUGUUUGUGCAGCUGAGCAAGAACAACCAUCAGUAGAAACUACAGAGUCCAAUGACAAAUGA